GUGACUUCUUUGCUCCUCUCGAUGCCGCGGGCGCCUGCUCUGUUCUUCACAGAACACGAACCCUAACUGCCGGAGCUCGCGGUUCGAUAAGUUUGACCACGGCGGUAGGAGGCACGGUGGGCGGAGGCGCGGCGCAGCAAGGCCAUCGCGCGGUCGCCUGACCGUGCGUGCGUGCGUGCGGCAGAGCCUGUGGUGCGGCAGCUCGUGAAGGCCACUACCAGCUUCGCACUGCGACCCAGUGCGGGGGGACGAAGCGGCGGGCGGGACGCUUGAGCAACUGACGCCCGAGGAGCAGGGGAGGGAAGCGGCGGGGAGCUGGAAGCGCCAAGAGAUGAACGUGGCAGUGCCACCACCACCACCACCACAUCUUCGCCUAUAUGAAUUCGCCAAGACCGCCCUCAUCAAAAUUUUUGCCUUUCCUUAUGCCACGGUCUGUGACUUGUAUUGCGAUGGUGGAGUUGAUACGGACAAGUGGUGUGAUGCCCAGGUUGGCCACUAUAUUGGAAUCGAUGCCUCUGCAUCAGGUGUCAGCGAUGCCCGUGAGCUAUGGGAGAACAAGAGGAAACCUUUCACUGCUGAGUUCAUCGAGUUGGAUCCUUCUGAUGAUGAUUUCGAAGCUCAAGUGCAGGAAAAAGGCAUCCAGGCAGAUAUAGUUUGCUGUAUGCAGCACUUGCAGUUAUGCUUUGAGAGUGAAGAACGGGCAAAGAAGCUUCUGAAUAAUGCAUCAUCACUUCUCAAACCUGGUGGCUACUUUUUUGGCAUGACUCCUGAUUCGUCGACAAUAUGGACAAAAUAUCAAAAGAAUGUUGAGGCUUCACAUAAUAAAGGUCUGAAGACUGUUCCAAAUAGCAUUCGCUCGGAGAAUUAUACCAUUACCUUUGAAGUUGAGGAAGAAAAGUUUCCCUUCUUUGGAAAGAAGUACCAACUCAAAUUUGCGAGUGAAGCAGUAUCUGAAAAUCACUGCCUGGUUCACUUUCCCAGCCUUAUGAGAUUAGCAAGGGAAGCUGGACUUGAAUAUGUGGAGAUCCAGAAUUUAACUGAAUUUUAUGAUGAUAACAGAACACAAUUUGCUCCAAUGCUUGGUGGUUACAGUGCAAGUUUUUUGGAUGCUCGUGGAAAGCUUGUUACUCGUUCCUAUGAUAUUUUAGGCUUUUAUUCAACUUUUGUAUUCCAGAAGCCUGACCCAGAUGCAAUACCACCUAUUGUAACACCCGACUUGCAUGAUACUGAUAGUUCUCAGGAAGAGGAUUGGCUCCGGCAGCAGCAGGCAGCCGAUGACGGGAGGCGUCCGCAUACAGAUGUGCUUCCCUUGGAUCAUGAGAAAGGCAUCCUGGGUCCUGGACCUGCAGAUAUGAGACUUUAGCUGCUGGUAAUUCAAAUCCGGCUUGAACUAGGGUAAUGAUGCUUUUAGUGUUUUUUUCCCUCCCACUGAGGACAAUCUCCGGUGCCUCCACUAAGAAUUCACGAAAAUAUAGAACAACAUUACUGAGGCUAGCCAAUCUUGGCAGAGACACUGUUUUCUUUGUACAAUUUCGGCUUUGCCCAAAUUGCCUGGCCGCAAGCUGACUGUAAGCCCUCUUCCCCGCAGAGAGAACAUAUUCUGAUUGCAACAGGUUUAUCAAGCAUAAGUGCUGGGUUAUUACUAA